CGCUUCAUGUCACGUUCGCUGAAAUAAAAUGCUGCAAAUACAUUAGGGUGAAGCUGUAACGGCCCCGAGCAUCAGCUCCCUCCCUGACUCUGACCUUAGUUGCCCUGAUGUUCUGGUCAGAUGUCAGACCAACUGCUCAGUUCUAGAGAGAUUUCAAGCGAGGUCCCAGCUGAAGUUCUCCUGAUGUGGUAACAGCUCCCCAGAAACCCAGACCAGAUUGUCUAUUUUGGCAAACGUGUGGUCCUAGUGGUCAGAAAAUCAAGAGAAACGACUCUGCUCUUAGCUGAUACUGAAAAAGUAAAGCAACUAAAUCACUCUUUGGCCACUUGCUGGCUUUCGCUUUGUCUCUCUUCUUCUUGAGACGGAUAAACACAUGGGCUCUGUUGCGGCUCUGUUCUCGUCGUUUGCCCUCCUCUCCUGGUUUGGUUGCUUAAAUCGGCGAGCACUAGUGGGCGUGAGCAUGCGAGUGUGUGUCGGUGCUCCUAGGGCGCAUGCGAACUGAGGCCCAAAGGGGAAAAGCCCUCCACAAAGAUCUAAGCCAGCUGCCCUGCUUUAAACACUCACUGCAGGCGGCUGGACGCGAGGGCAAACCUGUGUGCAUCCUGGGAGAAGACCAUUCCAGCCUCUCAGCAGCGACGCUCAGUAAAAGCUCCGCUAAGAAGUCUCCUGCUUCAGAUCUACUGCGCUCACAGGGCACUUGCCCUGAGAGGGGGGUGUUCGCGCAACCUGACCUCCGGGGUUAAGCGCAGUCAGUUUGUGUGAGGCUCUGUGGAGGAGGGGAGGAGGAAACCGGAGGUAGGAGGCCUCCGUGGGGCUUCUGCACCGCUGAAGAGGAGACGACGCAGCCGCCAGGAAGCAGGAACACAAGGACAUGGCCACGGGAGAAAUCACCACACUUCCCUCCACACCUGAAGACGGCGGCGGCGGCGGCUUUCCUCCUGGGAGCUUCAAGGACCCCAAGAGGCUGUACUGUAAAAACGGAGGCUUCUUCUUGAGAAUAAGGUCGGACGGGGGAGUGGAUGGGAUCCGGGAGAAAAACGACCCCCAUAUAAAGCUCCAACUCCAGGCGACCUCCGUGGGGGAGGUGAUCAUUAAAGGAGUCUGUGCCAACCGUUAUCUGGCGAUGAACAGAGACGGGCGACUCUUUGGAGCGAGACGAGCUACAGACGAGUGCCACUUUCUAGAGCGGCUCGAGAGCAACAACUACAACACGUACCGCUCCAGGAAGUACCCCAACAUGUACGUGGCCCUGAAGCGCACCGGCCAGUACAAGUCUGGAAACAGAACCGGACCGGGUCAGAAGGCCAUUCUCUUCCUUCCCAUGUCGGCCAAGUGCUAAGCUAGAAAUAUUAACGUCUCAGUGGCAACGACAAACACGAAUAUGUGACGGCAAUGAAGAUAAAGUGUCCCAUCAACAUUGCCCAAAAUAGCUGUGAUGCUUCCGAAUGCCAUGCUCAAGUAAUUAUUACUAGCAUUAUUUUCCCAGAACCUUUAUCAACUUUUAUUAUUCAGCUUUACCUGCAAACAGUGGCACAUUCACACCAGACUGACUCCAAGUAAAACCAAUAAUCUGCAGCCUUUUAUGCUUCCAGAGAAAAAAACCGAAAGACUGAGAUCGA